AUGAUGGCACGGCAGCUGAGCUGGUCGAUGGUUGGGGUUCUACUACUGGUGGUGGUGGUAGUGUGCAGCACGGCGGUGGCCGACGGCGCCAAGUGCCCGUGCAGCGAUGCCACACUGUGCGAGAGGGUGCAGGUGCCGCCCCGCAAGGAGGUCUUCGCCUUCAUGGUCGACAACUCCUUCGCCAACUGGAGAGGGUAUGACUGGGCCUUGGUCACCACCGUCGCGCUCUUUACCGACUCGGUGAAUCCCGAAUUCCUGUGCCACGCCCACUCCAAGAAGGUCCGGGUCGUGUGGGGCGCGGCCUUUCCCGUCUCCAACCUCACCAACGCAGAGCAGAGGAAGCAGUGGGUGAAGGCGCAGGCGGCGCGGGUGAGGGACACGUUCACGGACGGCAUCAAUGUCGACAUCGAGGACGCCCUCAAGGCCGACCAGCCGCAGGAGCGGAAGCUGCUCACGGUGCUCAUGCACGAGCUCAAGGGGGAGCUCGACCGCCAGGUCCCGAAUCACCAGCUCACCUUCGACGUCGCCUGGAGCCCCCAGCUGUGCGGUUGUGAUCUGCAGGGCCUGGCCGACUUCACGGACUUCCUGUUCGUGAUGGCGUACGACAUGCAGAGCCAGAUUCCGGCUUCCAAGUGCAUCGCCGGGGCCAACUCUGGCUACCCGCGCGCCGAAGAGGGACUCAGACAGUACCUCAAGCUGGGCAUCAAGCCCGAGCAGCUCGUGCUGGGUCUCCCCUGGUAUGGGCGCGACUACCCGUGCAUCAACCCCGCGAACCUCACCGUCUGCCCGAUCCAGCCGGUCCCCUUCCGCGGCGCUCCCUGCAGUGAUGCCGUCGCCCCCGAGCUUGAUUACCACGUCGUGGAGCGUCUCCUGAGCAGCUCUCAGGCCAUCACCAAGAGACAGUGGGACGCUGCGGCCAAGUCGCCCUGGUUCGACUACAGGACCAGCCAGGGCCACAUCCACCAGCUCUGGUACGACGAUGUGGAGAGUCUCACCCUCAAGUGCGAGCUGGCCAAGUCGCUGCACAUCCGCGGUGUGGGUGUCUGGGAGGCUGACGCCCUGGACUACACCAACCACUCCCAGGCUCAGCAGAUGUGGGGCACCUUCCGUUCCUUCCUCCACUAA